GUCGAACGGCAAUUCAGAAAACAUGAACGAAGUCUUCUCUGCCCGCGAAAUUGGGUCUAGGUCUCUUGCAAGCCGGACGCCUAUGAUAUCCCAGUCAUUGCCUAGGUAUCUGCGCCGGACCCGAUGAUCUCUGCCGGUCAGACUUGGACGCCUCAUCACAUAUAAAUAUGACCGCGCCUGCGCUCCAUCUAAUUCCUGACAUCAUGCUACUCCUCCUGUCCCUCCGUUUGUUCGUUCUCCUAUACACAGUGAAUGGUGAUAUCCAGCACGCGUUCAAAACUCAUGGGUCUAAGACCCAUCUCACUACCUUCUCCAGUGCCUUCGAAAACUACGACACCGGUCUCUUUACCGCAAUCGGGGACUUGAAUCUGCUUUCUACAGAAACAUCUACGACAUUGAAACAUCCUCUCUUCCCGACAUACAGCGUCAGAGUGAAGAAGUCAACAGACUUCUGUGAUGGUACCGUCAAUGCAUAUACGGGUUAUAUUGAUAUAGAAGCCAGGCACAUAUUCUUCUAUUUCUUUGAAAGUAGAAACGAACCGGACAAGGACGAUGUGAUCUUUUGGACCAACGGUGGGCCUGCAUGUUCAUCAUCUAUGGGUCUCUUCAUGGAACUGGGUCCAUGUCGUGUGCAAGACGUGAACACGACAAAGUUCAACCCGUACGCCUGGAACGAGAAGGCGAAUGUAUUCUUCGUUGAUCAACCUGUCGGUGCAGGAUUCUCGUACGCGGAUCACGGAGAAACCGUGAGUACGACUGAGGAAGCUGCAGAGGAUAUUGCGGCCUUCGUCGCUAUCUUCUUCCAACACUUCAUCAAGUUCGCAGGGCGAGGUUUGCAUUUGGCUGGUGAAUCAUACGGAGGUCGUUUCAUUCCUGUUUUCGCCUCCAAAAUCUAUGACCAAAACUCUCACCUCGUCGAAGCUGGUUUCACAGCAAUCAACCUUACGUCGAUCAUGAUAGGCAACGGUUGUGUAGAUCAGAGCACACUUUUCAGAGCAUACUACGAAAUUCAGUGCACAAAUGCCUCUAUUUCACCUAUCAAUAGUAUUUCGAAUUGUGUACAAAUGCGUCAACUGGUACCCCGCUGCGAAAAGUGGUACAAAGAGUCUUGUUAUGACAUGAUGGACGCUAUUGCCUGUCGAGCUGCCUUUUCGUACUGUUAUGAUACCCUUGAAACAUUCUUUGCAACAACCAGAAGAAACCCAUACGAUAUCAGCAAAUAUUGUGAGGGCGAACAUGAUGAUACAUUAUGCUAUCCAAUAACGAAAGAAAUCACCGCUUUCCUCAAUCGUCUUGACAUUCGCGAGACGUUGGGCGUCGACUCUUUAGUGGGCAACUUCACUCCAUGUAACAUGCACGUCGUAGCAAGGUUCGGAGCAAAUCUCGACCAACUCUUCCCAACCCAAUACUACAUCGCAGCCCUCCUAGAACGCGGCGUGAGAGCUUUGGUAUACGUUGGUGCCAAUGACUUAGUCUGUAGCUGGGUGGGUAAUAAUCGCAUGACACUGGAAAUGGAUUGGACAGGCAAAAACAUUUUCAAUGCCCAAGACUUGCGCGAAUGGAGGUUUAAUGGUGCUGCCGUUGGACUGACUCGCCGUGCGGGGCCAUUGACAUUCGCAACAAUAUAUGGCGCUGGGCACAUGGUGCCCUACGAUAAGCCAGAAGCAUCGCUGGAGUUGGUUAAAAGAUGGCUGGCAGGCGAUGACUUGUAAAUCAGCCUGUCAGAGUCCUGCAUAAGCCCGAUUAUCUGAGUGACAUCCGACCGACAGUGACGCAGAGUUCUGACAGAGGUCAGGAGUCCAGUAAUCCAAAAGACUUGGGAUGAACAAGGACAAUCCGAGAGAUAGCAAAGUCAGACGAGCGAGAUCAUAGUAUUUGGCCAAGAGUCCAGUGAAGGUUGGACAUGAAUGCUGGGCACUGUCCCUUGACCGGAAAUCGCGCAAGUCGACAGAACAUCUGGCGGUCUAAUCCGCCCAGGUGAUCUUUCCAUGUUCGCCAUGGUGAAGGGCACACGGUCAAUGACCGUUCUUCUCGAGCCGCCUAUUGAUUCAUUUGAACGUACCUUUCUAUAGGUACCAAUGACAAGCCAAAUCCAAAGUUUCACU